AUGGCCGAAGAAAUCGAGAAGCCUGUCGUGCAAGAGCAAGAGCACAAUGGCAGUGCUCUUGGUGAUAAGAGUAGCAUUGGCCACAACAAUUCCGAUGAGCCAUCACAUCUCAUAGUCGAAGAUCGAGUAGCAGAGCGUGAUCUACACGUGACCGAGGAUGACUUACUUGAGGCUAGGGAACUUGCGGCAACAUACACUCUUGAGGAAGUGAGAGACCUCCUCAGCACCUUUUAUCGGCUUCACAAGAGGGAUCCCAACUUUCCUUUGGAUGUCAUUGAGAAAACCGAGGCUUUUCUUCACAAUGACGACAUUUUUGAACAUCCGGAAAAAUAUGAGCAGCAAAUCUCUGGAAUGAAAAUUCAAGCUGCUCUUAUCGUCACCAACAGCCCAUACGCCGAAGUUAGAAGCGUUGUUUCCUCCUACGACGACCCUAUGAUGCCAUGUUCGACUAUCCGGGCCUGGGUCUUGGGAAUCAUGUUUUCCGGCGGCAUCGCUUUUAUCAACAGCUUCUUUGGCAUUCGUCAGCCUGCCAUUUACGUCACGUCCAACGUCCCCCAACUCUUGGCGUAUCCUCUGGGGAAAAUGUUGGAAUGGCUUCUGCCUGACGUGGGCAUCACGCUGUUUGGAGUCCGGCAUAGCUUAAACCCUGGCCAUUUCAAUAAGAAAGAGCACAUGCUCAUCACAUUGAUGGCCAUUCUCCCGCAGUACUUCAACCAGUCCUGGGCGCUCAAUUUUGGCUACCAACUUCUGAUUGCUCUAUCGAGCAACUUCAUCGGCUACAGUCUCGCUGGGAUUUGCCGAAGGUUCCUGGUUUACCCGUCGUAUUGUGUAUGGCCCCAGGCUCUUGUUACUAUUGCCCUGAACAGUGCUUUUCACACUGAGGGGAAUGUCCCGGCCUUGGGUCCAUUCGGCAUAACAUGGCGCAUGUCGAGAUUUAAAUUCUUCCUCUCUGCUUUCGUGUUCAUGUUUAUAUACUUCUGGUUCCCCAACUACAUCUUCGGGGCCCUUGGGCUCUUCAGCUGGAUGACUUGGAUCGCUCCGAAUAAUGCUAGCUUGAAUCAUAUCACGGGUGCGGUCAACGGCCUUGGCCUCAACCCCCUGCCUACCUUUGACUGGAACGUCUUCACAUAUGCCAUCGACCCCCUCAUGGCGCCAUUCUUUAGUACUUUCAACCUAUUUACUGGGAUGUCCUUGUCUAUGUUUGUCGUCAUCGCAAUAUACUACACAAACACGUAUAACACUGCAUAUCUACCAAUCAACUCCAAUGAGCCAUACGAUCACUAUGGCAAGCGAUAUAACGUCACUUCCAUCCUCGACAGCCGUGGAAUAAUCGACAAUGAAAAGUACCAAGCAUAUUCACAGCCAUACCUCUCCGCUGGCGCCGCUUUAGCAUAUGGGUUUCUCUACCACCAAUUGGAGAUUAUGAUGGGAUUCAGAGACCUCGUCAACAGCUUCCGCCCUUCUAAAAAGGCCGAAAUUGAAAAGGGCCAGGUCCUUGACGUGCACAACCGUCUGAUGAGAAAGUACCGGGAAGUUCCAGAGUGGUGCCCUGGCGUUGUAUUUUAUGGCAUCGGUCUCUGUUUGGUCUUCAUGGUCCCUACUGGGAUUAUUUACGCCAUGACCGGCAUUGAGACGAUGUUGGAUAUACUAGCCGAGUUGAUCGGUGGAUCCUUUGUGCAAGGCAACGCGCUCGCUCUGUGUUUCUUUAAGACAUACGGCUUCGUCACUUGUUCUCACGCUUUAUCGUUUAGUAUCGACCUCAAGAUAGCCCAUUAUGUCAAAAUCCCGCCUCGGUUCACCUUCUUUGCGCAGAUGGUGCCGACUCUGGUCUCAACGUUUGUCAGCGUCGGCAUCGUCUCGUACCAAGUCCACCUCAAAGAUAUUUGUACUGAGAACGCUCCAUUUAAGUUCACAUGCCCCAACCAAACCUCAUUCUUCACUGGGGUCACUCUCUGGGGUACCGUAGGGCCCAAAAGGCUCUGGGGCGUGGGCGGCCAAUACUCAGAAACUCUUGUCGGAUUCCCCCUUGGCAUCGCCGUUGUGGUGAUAUUCUGGGUCCUCGGCAAGUAUUUCCCCAAGAGUCGCGUGCUUCGCGCAACACAUCCCGUGGCUCUGUUGAACGGGGGCAUGUACUGGGCGCCAUAUAAUCUUUGCUAUAUCUGGCCCGCUGUGCCUGUCGCGUUUUUGUCCUGGAUUUAUAUCAAGAAGCGAUUCUUGACUCUGUGGUCCAAGUACAACUUUGUUCUGUCUGCCGCCUUCUCUGCCGGCAUCGCCAUCUCGGCCAUUAUCCAAUUCUUUGCUCUCACAUACCGGGGCAUCACCUUGGACUGGUGGGGUAAUAAUGUGGUUAACAUGGGAUGCGAAGGCACCGCCUGUCCUCUCAAGAAGCUACCCGAGGGAGAGUUCUUUGGGCCUGCACCUGGUCAUUACAACUGA